AUGGCUUCGCGUGGCGGAGGAGGAGGUGGCGGUGGGCGCGGCGGGGCCGGAGGGCGAGGCCCUGGUGGGCGGGGCGGCGAGGGCGGAGGGCGUGGGGUCGGCGGCCGCGGCGGCGGGGCCGGGCACCAGGGGCCCUACGGCCGCGGCGGCGGGGGAGGCGGGUACCAGCAGCCCUACGGCCGCGGCGGCAGGGGAGGCUGGUACCAGCAGCCCUACGGCCGCGGCGGCGGCGGAGGCCGAGGCGCCGGUGGCGGGCACCCGCAGCAGCCGCCGUUCGGGCGCAGGGAGGGCGGAGGCGGCCCUGGCCGCGGCCGCGUGGAGGCACCCGUCCGCCCCGCCGCGCCGCGUCCUGCAGCGCCGGUGGCCGUCCCCGCGGCGGCAGCCUCGACUUCCGCGCGGCCGCCUGCGCCCGCGUCCGCUUCGAGUACGGCGCCGGCGCCAGCACCAGCGCCAGCACCAGCUCCUCCUGGCCCCGCGGCGGCGGCGGCGGCUGCAAGUGCUCUGGCGAGGGGCAUGGGGAGGCUGGCCGUGGCGGACGCGGGCCCCGCUCCCCCUGCGCCGUCAGGUAGAUCCGCGGCGCAGCCUCCCGCGCACCAGCCGCCGGCCGCUCCGCCGGUGUCGAGCAAGGGGAUAGCGCACCCGGCGCGCCCGGGGAUCGGCACGGUGGGGAGGAAGGUCCUCGUGCGCGCGAACCACUUCCUCGUCAAAUUCGCCGACAACGACAUAUGCCAUUACGACGUUUCAAUCAGUCCUGAACCGAAGGUAAGAAGAACCAACAGGGUGCUGCUUUCGGAGCUUGUUAAGGUGCACGGUGCGUCUCUUGCCCACCAGAUGCCUGCUUAUGAUGGAAGCAGGAGCCUGUACACUGCAGGCGAGCUGCCAUUCAAAUCAAUGGAUUUUGUUGUCAAGUUGGGACGCCGAGAAAUUGAGUAUACAGUGACAAUUCGAUAUGCGGCACGGGCAAAUUUGUGCCACCUGCAGCAGUUCAUCAACGGUCAGCAAAGGGACUCGCCACAUGACGCAAUCCAAGCACUUGAUGUUGUCAUGAGGGAGUCUCCUUCUCUCAAUUAUGUCACUGUUUCUAGAUCCUUCUUUUCCAAGCAGUUUGGUACUGGGAACAUUGGUGAGGGGCUGGAGUUUUGGAGAGGAUACUACCAGAGCUUGCGCCCCACUCAAAUGGGCCUCUCGUUGAACAUUGACACAUGCUCGACUUCGUUUUAUAAAUCUAUCCCUGUGGUACAAUUUGUUGAUGAGUUUCUGCGGGUGACCAACCCCAUGCAGCCUUUUUCGGACAGGGAUCGUUUGAAGAUUAAGAAAGCCCUGCGUGGAGUUCGUGUUGAGACCACACACCAGCAGGGCAAAAGGAGCAUCUACAAGAUAACUGGGAUUACUUCUGUCCCAUUGGCACAGCUGAGCUUUUCUUGCAAUGAUGGCCCUCAGCUGACUGUUGUUCAAUACUUUGAGCAACGGUACAAGUACCGGUUGCAAUACACUGCUUGGCCCUGCCUGCAGUCCGGCAAAGAUUCUAAGCCGAUAUAUUUACCGAUGGAGGUGUGUGAAAUUAUUGAAGGGCAAAAAUACCCUAGGAAGCUUAGUGACCCACAGGUGGCCAGCAUACUGAAGGCAACCUGUAAACGUCCCCAAGAGAGGGAGAACAAUAUCAUUCAAAUGGUUGGCCGCAACAACUAUUCUGCUGAUCGCCUGGCACAGGCGUUCAGGAUCACUGUUGCCAAUCAUAUGGUCGAGGUGCAAGCGCGUGUGCUGCCUCCACCUGUGCUGAAAUACCAUGAAUCCGGAAGGGAGAAAACUGUGGCACCAAGCGUCGGGAAGUGGAAUAUGAUUAACAAGAAAAUGGUCAAUGGUAGAACUGUUGACAGAUGGACUUGUUUGAGCUUUUCGCGGAUGGUACAUCAUGAUGUAGUCAGAAUAUGCUAUGACUUGGUUCAUAUGUGCAAGUCCAUUGGCAUGGAUUUCAAUGCAACGCCAGUGAUAGAAGUUCAGUCAGCUUCUCCCAACAACAUAGAAGCUGCUCUAAGGAAUGUUCACAUUAAUGCUCCCAAUCUCCAGCUGCUUAUUGUGAUUCUUCCAGAAAUUUCUGGUCAUUAUGGGAAAAUUAAGAAGUUGUGUGAGACUGAACUUGAUAUAGUAUCUCAGUGCAUAAAUCCAAAGUCCCCAAAAAACAAGCAGUAUUUCGAAAACGUCGCCCUUAAAAUCAAUGUGAAGGUUGGAGGGUGCAAUACACUGCUUGAGAUGCCUAAAGGAAUACCUUUUGUCCCGGAUGCACCGACAAUCAUUUUUGGUGCUGAUGUGACCCAUCCUGUAGCAGGAGAAGACUCAUCAGCAUCUAUUGCAGCUGUGGUGGCAUCCAUGGACUGGCCUGAAAUAACAACCUAUAAAGCUCUGGUCUCUGCCCAAGAGCAUAGGCAGGAAAUUAUACAGAAUCUCUUCUGGACCACUACAGAUCCAGAGAAAGGCACCGCAGUAAAUGGUGGAAUGAUAAGGGAGUUGCUGUUAUCAUUCUAUAAAAAGACUGGCCAAAAGCCUAAACGGAUUAUAUUUUACAGGGAUGGAGUAAGUGAAGGGCAGUUCAGCCAUGUUUUGCUCUAUGAAAUGGAUGCAAUCAGGAAGGCUUGUGCUUCUAUGGAACAGGGGUAUCUACCCCCAGUGACAUUUGUAGUAGUACAAAAAAGGCACCACACAAGGCUCUUCCCUGAUCAUAGAAGGCGUGAUCUCACAGAUAGAAGUGGAAACAUUCUUCCUGGAACUGUGGUUGAUACUGACGUUUGUCAUCCCAGUGAGUUUGAUUUCUACCUUUGUAGCCAUGCAGGAAUUCAGGGAACAAGCAGGCCAACACAUUAUCAUGUCCUGUACGACGAGAACCAUUUCUCGGCUGAUGCGCUGCAGAUGCUCACUAACAACCUGUGUUACACAUAUGCAUGCUGCACGCGCUCUAUCUCAGUUGUUCCACCGGCCUACUACGCCCACCUGGCGGCUUCCCGCGCAAGGUACUACGACGAGCAAGCAGAGGGCGCCGAUGGAGCCUCUGUCGCCAGUGGCGGUCCAGCUGCGUUCCGCCAGCUACCGCAGGUCAAGGACAAAGUGAAGGAAGUGAUGUUCUUCUGCUGAUGUACCUGCGCGUGCUGCCGGUAGCUGUUGUGGUGCAUGUCCGGCUUCAGGCAGCCUCGAUCUGCAACAACAGGCCGUGUUGAUGUAUGAAGUUGUUAGCUGUUGAUGUAACUGUUAGGAUGCGGUAAACAGAGGUUGGCAGUUUCCGUACUGCCCAGAGAUCUGCUGAUGUUUUGUGCCGUGACAGUUUGAGAUAACUUUGCACAAGGCUCAAUGAGCCAAACAGGAGGGCAUAGCUGGAGAAAUUUCGAGUCCUGUGAUGUGAUGCCCAAGGGAGGCGAUUGGUGGAACUCACUUACCGAAUGGGGAAGAAAAAUCAGAUAGAAAUUGGAGAUAUGAGAAAAAAAAAGUUAAAACGAAUUUCUGUGUC